CGAAGACCUCGACGUAGAACCUCGCGAUGAUUCAAGGAGGAGGGGAGUGUCAAAUUCCAAGACUAGAGAAGAGGAGAGAGGGAGAGAGAGAGGGGCGCAACGUUACAUUGCAAACUCUUUGCAAAGAUGGGGGACGACCGACCUUUUGUGUGCAACGCUCCGGGCUGUGGACAGAGGUUUACCAACGAGGACCACCUGGCUGUACACAAACACAAACAUGAGAUGAGUCUGAAGUUUGCCCCUGCCAGGACUGACUCUGUCAUUAUCCAAGGUACUGGUUCUCCUAACCAGACCCCUACUCCCACUCGCUUCCUGAAGAACUGCGAGGAGGUGGGGCUGUUCAACGAGCUGGCUAGCUCCUUCGCUGAGGAGUUCAGGAAGGCCCAGGAGGAUGACGACAAGCGGGCCAAGAACCCUCUCCCUGCCCCGAACAGGGAAGUGGCCCUGGACAUGAGCCUGCAGACGCCUUCAGCAGAAGCCGUGAAGGUGAAGGAGGAGACGCCUGUUGAGGUUGACUCCUCCCCACCAGGAAGUCCAGAUUCCUUUUCCAGCAUGUCAGACAGUAGCAGGGACACCAUGGUGAGAAGAGGAAAGGACACUCCCCCGAGGCCAGCGCUGAGUUCGGCCCCCACCCCCACAAUCAUGAGGCCAGGCGCCCUCCCGGUGCGGCCCAGACCAGGCUCUCUGCCCCUCCACCUGGGCUUCGACGCCCUGCAGCCCACCAUGCCUUCACCCACCUCUGUCAUCACACCCACCCCACCAUCCAACCGCACCGUAUUGGGCUCUCCCACAGGCCACUACCCCAUGAUGAUGCACCUUCCCAACGGGCUCCUCCCUGGACCCAUGCAGAUAGCCUCUGUCAUAUCUCUGGCCCGGCCCAUACACAUGGUGCCCAACAUUCCCGGUAUCCCUGGUCCUCCUCUGGGAGGUGGCAGCAGCGGCUCCAACUCUCCCUCGGGGUACACCACACACUCGGAGGCCAAAAUGAGGCUGAAGGCAGCGCUGGCCCAGCAGAGUUCAGGAGGUCAUGGUAUGGGAGGUAUGGCCGGCAGCCCCAUGCACCCCCAGAGGAUGGAACAGAGCCAGUUACUGGUGCAGCACCCGGACGCACCCUCCCCAGUACAGCCACAGGUGUCUCCGGCCCAGCCUACUGGUGGUCGGCGGCGGCGUGCGGCGGAGGACGACCCGGACGACCGUCGACAGCGGUUCCUGGAGAGGAACCGGGCGGCCGCCUCGCGCUGCCGACAGAAACGCAAAGUCUGGGUCAACUCCCUGGAGAAGAAGGCAGAGGAGCUCGUCUCCAUGAACGUCUCGCUGGCGAAUGAAGUGUCUCUCCUGAGGAAUGAGGUGGCUCAUCUCAAACAGCUACUGCUGGCUCACAAGGACUGCCCUGUCACCACUCUACAGAAGAAGAUUGCCUACAUGGGAGAGGACAGUCCUAUGAGAGACAUGUCAGAGCCCACCGGCUCCCCAGCCCCUGUCAUCCAACACAGCUCCCUGCCCAGCCCCUCUCCCUCCUCGGGCCCCAACGGCAUGGGCGCCCGGGCGGCUGCCGAGGCCAUGGCCAUGUCCGUGCUGGCUGGGAUGGGUCAACACCAGCAGAGGAGAGGAGAAAGGGAUGGAGGGAGAGAUGAGAGGGAUGGAGGGAGAGACGGGAGGGAUGGUCCCUCCUCCCACGUCAUCAUGGCCACACAGUCGCACCACUCUGCCAGAUGAUGAGCGUAUCACACAACACGGCCCGGGACUCUACGGCGACACCACCCCACACGGGCAGGAGGAGAGUGGAGGAGAUAGUUUAAAAAAUAUAUAUAUAUAUACAUAUAAAAAAUAACUCCUCUCUUCUCAGGUGACCAGAAGAGUAGGAAGGAAACAUUGUCUUACAUCAGAUAGCGUGACAAUUCCGCCUCAGAGCGUUGCGAAGGAGUGACGCGACCUGACGUAAGACAAUGGGAGGAGGAGGGACACCCGAAGAAAUAAUCUCUUCCUACUAAAAUGAAACAAACUCCUCCUUCUCUUUCCCCCUGCUGUGGUUGCCAUUUUGUGUCAGCCAUUUUGUCUCAGGCCUGGAGCCUUGCUGGAGCUCAGCAACAACAGCCUUCUGGGAAUGGACUGGGACAAUAAGAGAGAAAGAGCUUCAUGUUCUGUUCACUAUGCCAUAGACAACAUACAGGGGCUGGACUCCACACCCCUCUACCCCCCCCCCCCCCCCCCCAAAAUCGCCCUACAACCCUCUUGCCUCACCCUCAAGCACUUAUGAACUUCACUGAACUGUAGGACUGCAUAGCAUCUUCCUGAGGGUGGUAAUGGUCGUUGUGAUAAACUCAUCACUCAGACUUUUAAUUAACAAAUACAGGUAACACACGGUCAAACUCACACAACGCACGUGCACAUACUAGACAUGCAUAUACACUCAACGUAAACAUUGCAUUGAUUCACAUUUGUUGUUGAUCACGUGAGAUACCAAAACACUGAGCACUGCAGGGGUCCAUAUUAUUGUAAGAAGGGAUUGUGGCCUUGCUCUCCGGCACAUGUUGACAUGUUUUAUUCACACACACCAAGAUGAUUGACGCUCCGAAUCCAAAGAUGCAUUGUUUUUUUUAUGCUUUCAUUGUCAAGAUGGUCGGAUCCAAUAUUUUAAAGUUGGUCUGUUUUCCUGAAUCCCUAGUAGUUUGUAAGUGGUUUCAUUUUGAGCUUCUGUGUCAGUCGUUCACAAAAGUGGACCUCAUUUAUAGCCUUUUAUGAUACGUUUUAAUAAACCGUGUGUGUUUUUAUGUA